AUGGCGCAUGUAAGACGCCUCACCCCUUCUCCGGCUCUCAUAUUUACAUCAGCAGUGUCUUUAAUUAUGAUUAUACCUGGAAGUUUCAGCAACAUAGUGAACCUUUUCAGUUUCACAGCUUGGCUUUUCUAUGGUAUAACUAUAGCUGGACUCCUGUAUUUAAAGAUUAAGAAACCAGAACUGCCAAGGUCUUACAGGGUACCCAUCAUCAUCCCAAUAGUUGUGCUGGUGACAUCUGUCUACCUUGUACUGGCACCUAUCAUUGACCAGCCUCAGACUGAGUUCCUCUAUGUCAUCCUCUUCAUUUUCAGUGGCGUCUUCUUUUAUUUCCCCUUGGUGUACUACCAAUAUCAUCCUGGCUUCUUAAGAAGCUUCACUUUGCAUCUGCAGCUGCUUCUGGAAGUUGCCCCAGCUGAAAAGAAUGUGGACUGA